GGAAGUUCGACAAUAGCCUUGAUCUAUAUUUAGCUCUAGCUAGUAGAUGAAAUAGGAUUUAGAUCUAUCUACAGAUCUAGAAUUAGUAAACUAGAUUUGUUCUAGCACAACAGUCCUUUAAGAUCCAAAAAUGGACUUUGUGGAAAAUAUGGCUGAGGUGUCAGAUGCAAGUUCAGAUGAAGAACUAUCCGAUGGUGAACUCCGGCCUCGUAAAAAAAUUAAGAAAGAAAAGGAGAAAAAGAAACGCGCCAUUCAGAUAUCAGACGAUGAAGAAGAGGAGGAAGAAGAAGACGAGGCAGCUUUUGCGGAAGAAAUGAAAGACUUUAUCAAUGAAGAUGUAGAAGAGGAAGAGGAUGCUGAAGACGUUAGCGAGGAAGACGAGAAGAAGAGAAAGGGUGACUCGGAUGAAGACGAAGAUGAUGACCAGCUGGACGAUGAUGACUAUGACCUGAUUGACGACAACUUGGGCAUCAAAGUGGACAGAAAGAAAAAACGCAAAAGAAUCAAAAUGAUGUCAGACGAUGAAGAUAGUGGUAAAGAAGAAGAAGGACAGGCGGAUGAUGGUAAACAUGCUAUUGAAGAGCAGCUGUUUGAUGAGACUGAAGAGGAAGAAGGAGCCCGUCCGGCUGAAUCUGUCAGAGCGGCAGAGGAUACAGCAAAUAUUCAAGAGUUUGACUCGGAGGAAGAGUCUGAUGUGGAUGACUUCAUUGUGGACGAGGAAGGCAACUCUAUCAGUAAGGGCAAGAAGAAAAAGAAACAUAAGAUUCACAGUGACGCGGCACUACAAGAGGCUCAAGAGAUUUUCGGUGUGGACUUUGACUUUGCCGAUUUUGAAAAGUACGAUGAAGACGACGAGGAUUUUGAGGAAGAAGACGAGUACGAGGAGGACGAGGAAGGUGAAGACGGGGAGCCCAGGAAGAAGAAAGGCGGCAGAAAGAAAGCAGUGAAGAAAAGUAUCUUUGAUGUUUUUGAGCCCAGUGAAUUAGAGAGAGGGCACUUCACUGACGCAGACAACGCCAUCAGAGUGGCAGAUUUCCCAGAAAGGUUUCAGUUAAGACGUAUCCCAGUCAAAGAAGCUGAUGAUGCUGAGCUGGAAGAGGAAGCAGAUUGGAUUUACAAGCAAGCUUUUGCCACACCGUGUAUAUCUCAACAGACAUUUCUGGACAUUGACCACAUGGGAGCAACAAAUAACUUUAAUCGCAGAACUCCCAAUGCCAUGACGAGUAAAAUUAAACAAGCCCUCGGCUUCAUGAGGAACCAGCGCCAAGAAGUUCCUUUCAUUGCUUUUUAUCGUAAGGAGUAUGUGGAGCCAGAGUUGAACAUCAACGACUUGUGGAAAGUUUAUCACUGGGAUGAAAAGUGGAUGCAGCUUUGCACUAGGAGGUCCAACUUGACACGUCUGUUUGAAAAGAUGAAAGAGUAUCUGUACGAAAGGUACUCUGACCCCGACAAGCCGUCUGUCUUGUUCCGACCAAUCAGUGAUGCAGAAAUAGAAAGGGUCAAGAAUGUCCAAACUCCUGAAGAGUUGCAUGAUGUGUACCAGAACUUUCUGCUGUAUUACGGCCAUGAGAUCCCCAACAUGAGAAACAAUGAACAGAAUCGCCCCAGGGAGGAGGGGGAGGCUGAGGCUGAUCCCAAACCAAAGGGCUCUGCCAUGAAACAGGCUCACCGCCAGAGCGGCUAUUCAGUCUGCCUUACCGCUAAACUGGAUGAAAUUGCACGCCAGUUUGGCUUGAAACCCAGUGAAUUUGGUGAGAACCUUCGUGAUAAUUACCAGCGCCAUGAUGUCAACCAGUGCCCAUUGGAACCACUGGAACUUGCCAGAGAUUACAUCUGCAGAUCAUUCCCAGCUGCAGAAGAUGUAUUGAAAGGCUGUCAACAUAUGGUGGCCAUGCAGCUGUCCCAUGAUCCUCUAGUCAGAGCCAGUGUUAGGACUGCGUUCCAGGAGAGGGCCAAACUGAGAGUGGCCCCGACUAAGAAAGGAAUGAAGUUAAUUGAUGAAAGUCACAACUGUUUCACUGUCAAAUAUCUCAGAGGGAAGCCUGUGAAGGAUUUGAAAGAUGACCAGUUCUUGAAACUUGUGCAGGCUGAAGAAGAUGGUCUCUUGACCAUUAGUAUUAAGAUGGAGGAGGAUGAUGACCAGUCCACUACUAGCACCAGCUACUUUGAGGAAAUAAAACAGCUUUACUACAGGGAUGAGUUCAGUCACCUUGUCCAACAGUGGAACAUACAGCGCAGUGAGGCUCUCAAGAGAGCCCUGUACCAGAUAUUAUAUCCCCAGAUGGAGAAAGAAUUAAGGACUAAGCUGAUCACUGAGGCCCGAGAAGGAGUGCUUAGGGCUUGUGCUCGUAAACUUUACAAUUGGCUGAAGGUAGCUCCUUACCAAAUGGACCAACAACUAGAAGAUGAAUUUGAUGAAUCCAACAAUGAAGAUGGUCUCAAAGUCUUAGGAAUAGCCUUUUCAACUAGCAAUGACACUCCAGCUUUUGGUGCCCUCAUUGACGGGGAUGCCUCUGUGAUGGAGUAUAUCAGGAUGGAAAACUUGACCAAACGAAAGAACUCUUGGCGAGAGUUGGACAAGAAAGGGAAGGCCAAAGACUUGGAGAAAUUGAAAGAGUUUAUAGCAGAGAAGAAGCCCCAUGUUAUAGCAGUGACUUCAGAGUCUCGCCAAGCUUUAAUGAUCAUUGAUGACAUCAAGGCCAUCCUGUCUGAACUAGAGAUGGAGCACCAGAUGCCUGCCAUCAAUGUUGAGCUGGUUGACAAUGAGCUGGCCAUGAUCUUUGAGAACACCAAGAGGGCGGAGAAUGAGUUCCGAGAAUACCCAGCUCCACUCAGGCAUGCUAUCUCUAUUGCACGUCGACUUCAGGACCCACUCUUGGAAUUUGCUCAGCUGUGUAAUCCAGAUGAGGACAUCCUGUGUCUGAAAUAUCACCCACUUCAGGACACUGUACCCAAAGAAGAGCUGCUAGAAGCCCUGUAUCUGGAAUUUGUGAAUCGUGUGAAUGAAGUAGGUGUGGAUAUCAACCAGGUUCUCAACUUCCCCUACACAGCCCCUCUCCUGCAGUUUGUCUGUGGCCUGGGACCAAGGAAAUCAUCCCAGAUUAUCAAGAUGUUGAAACAGAACAACAGUCGGCUGGAGAACAGAACUCAGCUUGUCUCUAUCUGUGACAUGGGACCCAAAGUCUUCAUCAAUUGUGCUGGCUUCAUCAUGAUAGACACAAACCAGCUUGGUGACACAUCUGAUGUUUAUGUGGAUGUUCUGGAUGGGUCACGUGUCCACCCCGAGGCAUACGAGUGGGCCCGUAAGAUGGCGGUUGAUGCCUUGGAAUAUGAUGACACCGCGGAGGAUGCCAACCCAGCUUCUGCCCUGGAAGAAAUUCUGGAGAGUCCAGAGAGGCUGAAGGAUUUGGAUUUAGAUGCCUUCGCUGAGGAGUUAGAGAGACAGGGCUAUGGUGACAAGCAUAUCACAUUGUAUGACAUUCGAGCCGAACUGAACCAGAGGUACAAAGAUUUGAGGACACCUUACAGAUCUCCUUCACUGGAAGAAAGGUUUAACAUGCUGACGAAAGAAACACCAGAGACUUUCUAUGUUGGUAAACUUGUUCAGGUCCAGGUCACUGGCAUUGCCCAUAAACGUCCACAGGGUGAACAACUGGACCAAGCUAACCCAGUCAGAGAUGAUGAGUCUGGUCUGUGGCAGUGUCCAUUCUGUCACUCCACCCAGUUCCCUGAACUCAGUGAUGUAUGGAGUCACUUUGACGGUGGCAACUGUCCUGGAGCUGCUGUGGGGGUCAAGUGUCGUCUGGACAGCGGGGUGACUGGCUUCAUCCACACCAAAAAUAUCAGUGACAGCAUGGUUCGUGACCCGGAGGAGAGAGUCCAGAUUGGAAUGACUGUCCACUGUCGCAUUACUAAGAUAGAUAUUGAGAGGUUUCAAGUGGAGCUAACCAGCAAGUCCUCAGAUCUAGCAGACAAGGAUGGCAUCUGGAGGCCCCAGAAAGAUGUUUACUAUGACUAUGACACAGAGAAAGCAAAUAUUGACAAGGAACAAGAAAAAAAGAAACUCCAAGCAAGACAGACGUACAUCAAGAGAGUCAUUGCUCAUCCGUUUUUUCAAAAUGUCAGUUACAAAGAAUGUGAGAAACUUCUGGCCAACAUGGACCAGGGGGAUGUCAUCAUUAGACCAAGCAGCAAGGGUUCUGAUCACUUGACUGCCACCUGGAAAUUGUGUGAUGGCAUUCUACAACACAUAGACAUCAGAGAAGAAGGCAAAGAGAAUGCUUUUAGUUUGGGCAAAUCUUUGUGGAUCAAUGGAGAGGAGUUCGAAGACCUGGAUGAAAUUGUGGCCCGCUACAUCCAACCCAUAGCGGCCAAUGUACGAGACAUCAUGGCCUUCAGAUAUUACAGAGAGGCCGAAGGAGGCAAGAGGGAGAUCCUGGACAAGAUUUUAACAGAGGAGAAGAAGAAAGCAGCAUUCAAAAUUCCUUACUUGCUGAGUGCCUCCAAGCAGUACCCUGGUAAGUUUCUGCUGUCCUACAUGCCACGCAAUGUGGCACGUCAUGAGUACGUGUCUGUCACUCCUGACGGCAUCAAGUACAGGAACCAGAUAUUCAAAAGUGUCAAUUCUCUGAUCAGGUGGUUUAAGGAACAUUUCAGGGACCCAAUACCAGGGACACCCUCCAGUCGAACUCCAGCUAUGUCUACCUACACCACACCUGGGGCACAUCAAACCCCAGGUAGGACACCUGUUGGUCGGACACCGGUCAGUGUGUAUGGCCACCGUAUUGCUACACCACACGGUACAACUCCACGUUCUGUUCCCACUAUAACACCCCAAAGAGGACUUGGAGGCUAUGGUGGAUUCCAGCCGGCUGUUACUCCAGUGAUGACACCUAUGUUUACCCCCUCCUCCUCCUACCAAGGACCACACAUGACCACGCCAAGAAGUGGAGCCACACCAUCCUACCAGCCAACUCCUCGUCCGGCAGUGGGACCAGGAGCACCAUGGCCUGGUGUCACUCCCCGAACACCAGCUGCCAGAACACCUCGUCAGGUCACCCAGACUCCCACAUCCUACAGCACGCCCAGACAGAAUGAGCGAUCAGCUGGGUCCAGCAGUGACAUGGACUGGGCGCGGGCGGCAGAAAUGUGGGCCAACAGAAAGAAAACGGCCAAAUCCCCUCGGCCAUCCCCCAAACAAAGUCCAGCUCGUAGGGCGAUGGGCUCUCCGUUUGGGGGCGGCAUGUCUCCCCAAGGGGACGGAACACCGUUAGUUGAUGAAAGGUAGCAACUAUGUCUUAGUUGAAAUAUCCUGGAGUUGUUUUGAUCUGUGAAGGACUUGUAUUUACAUGUCUUGGUCUAUUUCUUUCCAAUGUUAAUGAGGGAGUGUAGCCACAGACAAGUUAUUUUAAAACAGCUAACUAUUGAUGUGUGAUUGGCUCUUGUGGUGUGACCAGCGAAGCUGCUCUGUUCUGUCUUUGGUCAGAAAAAAUUGUGUUGCCAUGGUGACUAUGUCCUGUCUUGAUGUCGACUCGAUCCUGACUGCUGUGUGAAGCAUCCACGUGUUGCCAUGGCAACAGGACUCGGUGCACAAAGUGUUAACUCAGAAUGACCCCAGCAAUAAGGAAUGGUGUCGUCCCCCCCCCCAUAUGAUCAACGUUCCUUCACCUGACUAGGUGAUAUAUAAGUUGUUUUGUUUUUUUUUAUAUGUAAGUAUUAAACAAAUAUUUCAAAAAUGAAGCUUUAGGUCUAGUGUGUGUUGUACUCUGCUCAAAGCUGCACACAAGACAUUGAUAGAUUCUCUUUGGGUUAAUCCAAAUGUUUCUAGUUAAUGAUUUGCUUUUAACAAUAUAUAUAUAUAUGCCAUGUUCUUUAAUUUUUGUACAUUUGAUUGUUUUGAAGGACGCACAGUUUAAAACGUUUGUUUAGACACUAGAUAGCUUCCUGAGUCUUUGCAAUGAAAUUGUCAGAAUUUAAAACAUUUUUUUCAAAAACGAAUGAUUGUGUUGAAGCUCUAUCACUGGAGUAACAGAAAUAAAAGAUUUCAUUCAA